UACUUUUUUUUUUUUUUUCUUACCAUUCGCUCCCUCGAAACUCUCUUUCUUUUUCUUUUUUGUUUCCUUCUUCCUUUCCUAGUUCUCGCCUUCUCGGCCGAUCAACUUUCUCCCGGUUUUUCGGCGAUUUUUUCUCCCUCCAAAGCGUCCCCUAAUAUCCUCUUCCGGUGACUCGAAUCCCUCCGAUCGACGGAGAAUUUCUUUUCAUCCCUACCGAUCUCUCUUUCCUCUCUCCACUGGUACGCUAACCGAUCACUCCACUCACUUUUUUUGGCACAUAAAGCUCUUGGCUUACAGUGAGCUCCUAGUUUUGGCUUUUCUGUGCAUAAAUGCCAGUUGCAAAACUCAAGUCCUCAAACAACACAGAUGUGAUGAAAACAGAGAAGGGAAACGAUUCCCUAGACACAUUUAUCAGGCAAGCAAUUGGAAAGGAGCCCUUCCUUUCUUUCUCAAAGGCUGGCGAUAGCCCGGUACAGUGGAUCCAAUUGCUACAGGCUCUAGAUCAGCAAGAUCUCCCGGGUUGGCCUUUGCUCACUCCUUUGAAGGUGCAGAUGCAAAAGUGUGAAAAGUGUUCCCGAGAGUUCUGUUCAUCUAUUAACUAUCGAAGACACAUACGUGUGCACCAUCGGUUGAAAAAACUUGACAAGGAUUCUUCCAAAAAUAGGGAUCUAUUAGGAACUUUUUGGGAUAAGCUUUCUGAGGAUGAGGCAAUGGAAAUUUUAUCAUUCAAGGAUGUGACGUUGGAGGGAGUUCCAGGUUCUUCAAUUGUAAAGGCAUUGAUGGGACUUAUUCGGAAACCAGGAUUCUCUUCCCUUCCACAAUAUUGUUUGAGGGCUGGUUCUGCCCUUCUGGAUAUUAUCCAAGCUAGGCCUUCCAGGUUUCCUUUGUCUUCUGAGGAUCUAUUCAGCAUCCUUGAUGAUGCAAGUGAAAAAACAUUCCUGUGUGGAACAGCUGUAUCAAUGCAAAAAUAUAUUUUUGAUGGGGAAGCUGGGAAGAUUGGUCUUGAGAUGAAGAAUUUGGUUGCUUGCACCAGCUUUCUGGUGGAACAGAAAUUGGUUAAAGCAUGGCUUGCUGACAAGGAUGCUGAAUCUUUAAGAUGCCAAAAGUUACUUGUGGAAGAGGAAGAAGCUGCCCAGAGAAGACAAGCUGAGCUCUUGGAGAGGAAGAGGCAGAAAAAACUCAGGCAAAAAGAACAGAAAACGAAGGAGCACGUACAAGAGGAGCAAGCAAAUCUUCUUAAGGAAAGGAUUGAUAAUACAGUGGAGGGUGUGUCUUCAGCUGAGCAAUCCUUCCCUUUGACGGCAUCUGAUUCUGGUAUGAGUUGUCUGGAGGCACUGGCAGAUCAUAUUCCCUCAUCCUUUGAGUCCUUCGAACUUCCAAGCAUGGUUGAAAAUGUGGGUUUGGAAAUUCAAAUUGGGUCUGGCAGUGAUCCUGGCACUCGUCAUAAUGUUGAAAGGCAGACAGUGCAAAGAAAUAGUCGUAGGCACUUUGUUGUUGGUCGCUGGCACUUGUCUCCAAAAUCACAGUGGAAUCAUGUGCCAAAUGGUUUCCAUGCAAGUCAGAAUUCUCAGGCAUCAAAACAUAGUGCCAUGCAGAAGCAUGGAAAUCACAGGGACUCAAAACCGGUGCCUUCAAUCAAUGGCAACAGGAAGUGGAGCCGAAAAUCUAAACCGAAUUACACUGAAGAUGGUUUGAAAACUAGAGUACAGAAAGAAGCAAUAAGCCUGCCAGAUCACAACGAGAGGCAUGAAGUACUGAUUGGUUCUAUAUCUGUUGCACUUGGAAACUGCAGCCAACAGGAGGGUAACAAUGUUGAUGGAGCUAGAGACGAUUUUCUCUCAGAGCAUCAAAUACCAAAGGAAAACAGUGUUCAGGAUAAGCACAAUAGACCUGAUUCUGCUCACUGCAACACAAACCGGUCAACAAUAAAGCUUUGGAGGCCUGUGAGUAGAAAUGGAAUGCAAGGUCCAAUAUCAGUUGACAAUGGAGCUAGAGAAUCUCAUGUGGAUGGGGUUGCUGGUAAGAUAGAUGAUUAUACCCCUUCAAAUGGAAAUUGUCUUACUUCAUUAUCUGUGGGCGAUAAUAAAUGCGGAACAGGAAGUUUCCCACUCCUGCCGGAGUCCUUGCAUCCAGGAACUGUGCACUUCUCGUGCCAAGCAGCUAAAGCAUUUCUUGCAGAGAGGUGGAAGGAGGCAAUUGCAUCUGAACAUGUGAAAUUAGUUCUAUCUCCAGAGUUAAAAUCUUCAGCGGACAUUCAGAAUGGAUGUCUAGUAGAUGUAGCUCAGUCGUCAGAUAUGAAAAAAUGCAGUCUUCAUGGCAAUGUGGAGAAUCAGUUGGUUGAUGUGGGAUCGCACGAGUCUUCAACCACUGGAGCCAGUAAGGCCAAGUUCAGAAUAAAACCUGAGAAAGGUGUCAAGUUAAAGUAUAUACCCAAGCAGAGAACUAUUUCCUAAUAAAGAUGAAGAGAAGGGAUUUUGGGAAUUUUUUUUCCUUUUCUUUCUUCUUUUGCAUUUUGUUAUACAAAUGUUCCCAGUUUAAUUGCCAUUAUUAUAUUCUUAGCAGAGGUUCCAGUUUUAACGAAAGUCUGCUGUCAGCCAAUUGAAGAAAGCUUUUUCUUUUC